CACGAAGGAAACGUAUCGAUAUACGUAUUGUAUCCGCGGUUUGCGGUAAUGUGAAUGUUUCAAGGGAAUACCCCGUGGUUUGUUAUUCGAAUUUUUAAUGCAAUUUUAAAGAUUUUAUUUGAAAUGUCGUUUUAAUUUUUUAAACCAAAAAGCAAUCAAUUUUUUCGAUUUUUUUCCCGCGAUUGUAUUUUAAAUCUUGUGCGUUUUAUUUUCAACAUUAUGAUCGGUGAAGAAAGUGCGUUAGCGGACGAGUACGUCCAAGGAUUUGUUUUAGAUCAAUUCGAAGACGUGUCUAUUAAACGAAAAGAGAUGACCAAUUUCGUGCAUCCAGUCAAUAGUAAUACAAAUAACAACAGUAGUAAUAAUAAUAAUGCGAGUAAUAAUAAUAACAAUGACGAAGAAAUCAAUCAAAAUUCGGUCCAAACAGUACCUCCUCAAUUUCAAAGGCUUCCUCCGAUGCCAUUACCAAUUGCGUCACCGAUGAUUAGCCAAUCUCCGCCGCAUCAUUUACUCACACCUCCCGAGCACGAUAACUACCAUCAUCACUCGCUGCAUCAUCAUCAUCACCAUAGUGUGGUAAAGUCAUCGUCUACUAAUUUAAUCAUGUAUCAAAAUAUCCCCGGCACGCCGCCGGAUACGCCACCCGUGAGUAAUUCGCCAUCACCCCAAGGCGGAUAUAUGGAACACCAGCCCGUCUAUCCGCACAUUCAACCUGGGCCGAAAAGUGGCGCAUAUGGCGAUAUGAUCUGGCAACCGAUGACUGAUCGCCGCUACAGGCACGAGCCUUUGGACCUGAGACCAAAUUGCAACGGCGAUAGUGUGACCGAAAUUCAAAAUUGGAACGUUAUGCAACAGCACACGCACACCUCGGUCAUUGCCAGCAAUGAUGAUGAUACCUUAGUCACAUUAUCAGUCAGAGACUUGAAUUUACGUCUCAAGAGUUACCCCCGCGACGAGGUGGUCAAGUUGAAGCAAAAACGCAGAACGUUGAAGAAUCGAGGUUACGCUCAAAAUUGCCGCAGCAAACGAGUGCUGCAGAAAACCGAGCUCGAAUUAAAUAACCGUAAACUCGAAACAGAAAUCAACUCGCUACAAAUCAAACUUCGAGAAACCAUGCAGGAGUUGGAUAUUUACAAACGUAGGUGCGAAAUGUUCAUGGUUGAGAGUUCCAAUCGUAAUAGGAGGACUGGGGUACACACAACCAAUGAGUACCUAUGACGGCAUGUAUUCUCAAACUUCACCCAUCAGAAGCCCAAGAAAUGAGGUCCUUCAAUUUACUUACCAUUUUUACGAUUGAUUGUACCUAUCGAUUUAUUAUUUCAGGUUUGUUGUGUUUGUAAUUGUAUAGUACAUAUUAUUAGUACCUAUAUUUCAAAUUGAUUCAGUAUUUCUCUUUCUCUCUUUUUUUCUCUUCUUAUACUAUUUUGUAGUUUAAGAUCUACGUGUAUUUAUGUAGAUAUAUGAACUUUGAAGGUUUCUUCCAAUUUUUCUUUUUUUUCUUAUCUUAUAUUCUAGAUUUCAUUGUACAAAUUCCAAAUCCUUUUUUACACACGAGUACUUAAUAUCUCAUGAUUUUUUUUUUAAUAACUGAUUCACGAGAAGAUAUUUCAUUUAUUUUGUACAAUUUGUUUUUUAAUUUCUAAGUUUUAAAAUUUUCCGGUUGACAAUUUUUCGUAUGCAAUCAAAUUGCCUUACUUAGGUUUUUAUAUUGGAAUAGGUAUUAUUUUUAAUCGGUGCAGUGUGAGAAAAUAAUCUCUUGGCUCUUGGUGAUGAUUUUUCAAAUUUUAACCAAAAGAAUGAGGGAGAAACGAGUACGUAUUUUGUAACUUGAUGUACUUUUUCCUAAUAUUCUAAUAAGGAUUCUAUUUUCCUGUCGGUGAUUCUUCAAUAACGUGAUUUUGUCCAAUUUUUUCUAUAGAAGGAGGAAGUGGGUGUUUGAAAAGAUUAUAUUUCAGUACUAAUGAGAAAUUCAACUGUUUCAUUCAUACGGGGUGUCCCAGCUUCUUGGUAUAAAAGAGGUGCUUAUCUUGGUAUUCGACAAUACAGUCUGAAAAUUUCAAAGAGCAUAAUUUUUUUUAUUGUAGAUCCAGACACAUGGAGGAAAGGAGAGAGGGGAAAAAUGUGAGUUUUUACAAAAAUUUACCUUAUUAAUUUUUCAAAGGGAAUCUCAUUUGAUAUGAAAUUUGAAGUGACCCAUGCUAAUAAGGUCGUGAGGUGAAAUUUGACAAAGCUCUCAUUUCGGCAAUACUGCUGAGGAAAUUUUUACUAUGAAUUUUUUUUUUUGGAACACCCUGUGGAAGACUGGAAGUGUAUCCCUAAUAAAAGUGGUUUUGUAAAAUUUGAAUUUUCAGAGUUACAUUUUUUUCAACUUUUUCAAAAAGAAUUGAACUCUGAUCGACGACUCUUUUAAAAAAAGUUCGAUCCUUUUUCAAUUCUUUUGCCCAAUUUUUAAGGAAAUGUUUACUAAUGCUAUUGCAUUCCGUGCUUCUGAAGCAUCAUCAAAAAAAGGACGAUCGAAUUCAAAAAAGAAACUCUAGUUAUGUCCGUAUGUCCAGCAGUGCAAACACUUCUCAACCCCUUAGCACCCUGAAGAAGUCCAAGGGACGAAUGUAAACAAUUUUCAUUCCAGAAGUUGGACAAAAAAAAUGGAUUACGAUAUUGCAAAUAAAAUUGAAUUUGAGUCAUCAUUCACUUCGAAAAUGGUAGAUUUUUUAAAAGGAGUACACGCGAAUUCAAACCAAAUUCGAAAGUGCAGAGAGGAACAAAAGGUGAAAUUGAUGAAAAUUUGCAAUAAAAUUUCAUCACUUGAAAAUUUGUUUGAUUCUAUUUCAUUUUUUCAUAGGACUCACUUUAGAAAAAUGUAGGGUCCCAACCAUCAUUCAAUUUCUCUUUCUACAGCUCACAAUUAAGUGAAUAUUUUUAUGUCACGACGAAAUUGGAAUAAAAUAAGACCAAAUGUCGCAAGGGUUUUAAGAUUGUAAAAAAAUUGGUUACUUUUUGGAGUUUUUUAGAAUUUCAGUUCCAAGAAUAAAAAUUUAUGCUAUUCUUAUGCACUAUCAAAAUUUCCCAACAGAAAAAAUUUUCAUUUUAAAAUAAUACUCGUACUAUACUUGACUCGUAUGGCGAUAAGGUAUGGAAUUGAAUUUUCUACCACGCGCGUUUAUAAUUUAUUUUUGAAUAUAGACGUAUUUUAAUUUCAAAAAUUAAGUAAUUUCUCGAGAUCAUACACUGGAAUGCGAUUCUUAGUAGAUACAUCUCAUUUUUCCCUUUCAAAUUCCAAAAUGAAUUGAUCAAUGAGAAAUUUUCAAAAUUUUUGUGCUUUUGCUUUCUAUUAUCCAGAAACAUUGAAUUUUGUGUUUUCACCAAAUUUUUUGAGAUCUCAAAACUCAAAAAAAAGUUUCGAAAAAUGGAACGAAGUGAUACAUCAAAACUUUCUUUUUGUGAGUCCUAAAAAAAUUGGGAGGAAGAGAUGAUCAGAAAAACUUUUAGAUGAUACAAUUUUUUAGCAAAUUUUAAUCAACUUGAGCUUUUGUCCUUGUGUGCAUUUUUAAAUUUGAUCAAUUUCCAAAGUGAAUAAUGACUGAAAUGCAAUUUCUUUAAAAUCGUUGCCCAACCCUGCCUAUGCCUACAUUUUAUAAAUGUUGAAAACGUGCAAAAUAGAGUCCCAAAGUACCUACACCUAAUUACCUUUAUUCUACGUAUUUUCAAAUUUUCAAAAAAAUUUUCUUCAAUUGAUUCCCAUUCAUUCAAAAAAUUCUAAAUUUAAAGAUGGUGAAAAAAUCAAAAAGUUGAUAAAAAAGGCCCAAAAGUCAGAAAUUUUAUACUGUUGAAACAAUCUAGACACUUUGAAUCAAUCUUAUCCUUCAGUUUUCUUUGCAAAUCAAUUGCACUUACUUAAUUUUUCUUCCCCUUUCGAAUUGUUCUACGAAUGAAGAUAAAAAUCCGAAUUAAGUGAUGAAAUAUUCAACAAAUUGAUGAAAGAUCGUGAAUAUUUCAUUAAAGGAUAGUUUAAAUAAAAAGGAGCCCAGAAUCUCCCCCCCCCCCUCCGCGAUUAAACGUUUUAUUCAAUAUAUUAUGGUAAAGCACAUUGAUUUCUCGGUAAAGUUGUAAAAAUGUUUCCUCGAUUGAGGUAAUUUUGAUACAUUUUUUUAAAAUAUUGGCAAAUUAAACAUGAUUUGAUACAUCUAUAGGAAAACGAAACUAUUGAUCAUGGAUGAGAAAUGAAAAUUAAAGUGUGAUGUUGGGACUAGCUUUCGAAUUAAAAUUCAUGAGUGAAUAGUACCUACUGGUUUUAUUUUAUAACUUGAGAUAUUUUCUGUUAUUUAAAAAAAUCUCUAAAUAGUGGAAUUUAUAUAAUUGAGUGUUUGGCAAUGUGAGUACAUAAUUUCAUAACUGGAAAUAAUGACCCUAAUUAAAAAUAUUAUGGUCUCGAUAAACUUGUCGAAAACCUUUAAAAAGUUUAUUUAUCAAGCCUACGUGUAUACUUUGAUACUUUGAUUUCUACCCAUAUUUUGAGACGAUACGAUGUUUAUCAUCAAUUGAAUAAAAAUGUGUUUUCAAUGAUAAACGGAAGUCUAAAUCUAGAAUUCACAUGUACCGAUUAAAAAUAAUAUUAUGUGGUUAUAGCGGUGACCUUUUUACCGAUUGUCACAUUAAGGCUGUAGUUUCUUUUUUCCGAAGUGUGUGUGUGUUUUUUAUACCUAAUGAAUGUUUACAGAAUUCAUCAUAAUUUUUAAAAAAUUAUACUUUAUUUUUCAAUAAAAUAUUGUUGUAUGUUAAGUAUUAUUCAAUUUUUCAGUUUUACUCGAGGUGUCGAGUGUCAUCAAUAUCAUGUCUAAUAAUUUCAUAAUUUUUUAAUCGCCUUAUUUGAAAAAUCUGAAUUUGUGUAAUUUCUAUUCAAAUGUUUGUACGUACUUUGUACAUUUGGUAGGUACAUUUGGAAUAGUUCAUUAAGUUUAAACUGCAGCCUUGAUUCAAAAAUUGUCAUUUCAGUAGUUCGAAUCAAAAUUAUGUUGUGCUGAUGUUUAUUUUUGAAUUUCAUCAAAAAUGUUUUGCUGUAGCAUGAUUUUGAUAAAUUAGAUAUCAUAGCUGAGUUGUGAAUAUUUUGUCUUAAUUACGUAUUAUCAAGUUGUGUAUGAAUGAAUUGUAUUAAAACGAAACUAUCAUAAAAUUCAUAGAUGAAAUUGAUU